AUGAGUGCAAUCACCCAAACUGCCAAAGGAGCGUUGAUUGCGGGAGGUUCGUACUACAUAAUCCAUGCACACAUCGCCAAUCGGACGGAUUUGAUCGCGAGAUCCUUGCAAGACUUGAGCCAACAAUUCCGCACGAUAUCAGACUGCUCGGCCGGCCCAAACCAUCAUCUGCUUCUGCCCUCCAGUCCAUUUGAGCCAAAACCGCUGUCUGAACGGAUUAAACUGAAUUGGAACCGCUCGAUCCUGGCUUUCAGUCAGAAAGCUCAUCAGUUCAAUCUCUCAGAGUCUACCGACCGAUUCAUCGUAUUCUUGAAAUCUAAACUUGAGACUGAUUCGAAUCAUAGCACAUGA